CAGAAUCUCUCUCCCCUUUUUGUCCCCAACCAAAAAACCUUAACGACCCUUUCUUCAUCGUGAAACAGAGCAUAACUACAUAAGACAGAGCACAAUAGAGACGUUAGACACUCUGUCUAAAUCCUCUGUUUGAUCCAUAAAUCGAUGGAAACUGGUGUAGCAGUUACGGGUCAAGAAAUCGGACCCGUUAAUCCUGAUGGGUACGUGACGAUCGAUAUGGAAAGUUUCUCUCAUGUUAUCCACAAAGACUUUUCAUCUUCGAGUCCCAAAGUUACUCUGCAGAGAAGUGUUUCGAGGAAAGGGUCUCCAAGAAGCAACAACGAGAGGAAACUCCAUUCUAACGCAAAUUGUAAUGACAAAGAGACCUCAUCCCCUCAGUCUCCACUUAGAGGAUCAAGCACGCCGGAAAAGCCGACCACUGUGGGGCCCUUAGAUCAGGCAGGCAUGGCCCCGACCGCAGCCACCGUCGUUUCAUCCUCGCCCCUUCAUCAGAUCACCAUUACUACAACUGCAGCCACCGUCGGAAAUAUGAUCUCCGACCAAAAUAGAGAAAGAAGAUUUGGAUUUUCAAAGAAGUCGAGUUUUAAACGUUCUCGCACUUCUUGGAUGCUUGAUCCGAAGAAAAUCGUAAUAUUAUUUGCAACUUUGUAA